UCCGGGUCUUCUACACCGCCCUUCUUCCUCCAUUGAUCCGCCGGGCGAGCCUGUCCUUUGGUCUUGCCUUGAUCGCCCUUCUCCGUAACGCUGAUUGUAACGCGCCUCCGCCAUGGCCAACCCCAAGCUUCUUAUUCUCUACGGCUCGCAGACCGGAACCACCCAGGCGUUCGCCAAGAUCGUCUAUGCCUUUGCCAAGGCUCGCUCCUUCGACGCCCGCCUCUGCACCGGCAAUGAAUACAACCCAGCCGACCUUCCAAACGAGGAGCUCGUCGUCAUCCUCACCUCCACUUUCUACAACGGCGAGUUCCCCGACAACAUUGCCAAGUUUUGGUCCUGGCUGAACAACGAGUCCCACCCGGCUUCCAUGCUCAAGCAAACCCGCUUCACCGUCUUCGGUCUGGGCAACAAGACCACCAAGGGCAACUUCUGUCUCGCUGCCAAGCGCAUCCGCGAUCGGAUGCUCGAUCUUGGAGCCUUCGAGGUCACCCCCGCUGUCUUCAGCGAUGAGUACUCGGAGCACGGCCACGAGUCCAACUUCCGUCCCUGGAUGAAGACUCUCUGGGUCAAGCUUACCGGCUCCAAUACCAAAAUGUCGCUGCCCCGCCACUACAGCAUCAAGCCUUCCACUCAAGUCUUCCGAAUCGCCGAGCGCUUGCAAGAUGGCUACGUCAAGCUCCCUGUCAGCGGCAGAGAGCUCCUGACCCCUGCUGCUUAUGAGCGUCCCGUGUACCUCAUGACCUUUGAUCUGCCCCAGGGUCAGAGCUAUGGCCUGACGGACCAUAUCCAGAUCAAGUGCCACAACUCCCCGCAUCUAGUCGAGCGCCUGGCCAAGCGCAUGGGUCUCGACACCAAUGCUCAGGUCGAGCUGGACCCUACCGAUGCCAUCGGCGAGGACAUGAGGCUUCCCAACCUCCUGUCGGUCCAUCGCCUGCUGUCGCAGCAUCUCGACAUCUCAUCCCCACCUUCGCGCUCGUUCCUCGAGGGUAUCGCCGCCCUCGCUGAGGACGCCGGUGAAGCCGAGAAGAUUGAACACUUUGCCGAGGACAUGACCGCCAGCAGCGAGUACUCCCGAUUGACUGGCGGCGGCCCCGGGCGCCAGCCCUUCUCUCUGGUCGAUGCGCUCGAGCGCUGGCCGAGUGUUCGAAUUACCCUCGAGGAUCUCCUGGGCAACAUCCCCUUGCUUCAGCCCAGAUUCUACUCGAUCUGCUCCGCACCCUCGGUCUCACCCAACCAGAUCCAGAUUUGCUUCCUGAGCGAUACAUGGUCGUCCGCCACGGAUCCAAGCGUUGUCUUCCAGGGCGUCGCGACGGGAUACCUCAAGGACCUCCAGCCCAAUGUCGACGUGGUCGAGGCCAGGAUUGUGAAAGGCCUGCUUCGUCUCCCAGCCGAUCCAAAGACACCCAUCCUCGCUGUCGCUCUCGGUACUGGUGUUGCCGUGUUCCGAGGAAUCCUUCAGCACCGUGCCCACCUCCUUGACCAGGAUCCAUCUUGUGGAGUAUCUCGUAUCCGCCUGUACUAUGGCAUGCGCCAUGCCCAAAAGGACUAUCUCUUCAAGGACGAGCUCCAGGACUUUGUUGACCGAGGCUUGGUCGAGAUCAUUCCCGCAUGCUCCCACGACCAAGCAAAGUUCAUCACUCCGGCUGACAAGAUCCUGGAGUUCCCGACCAGGGUGUCGGAGGUGCUCGACAACGACGGAUACUAUCUCUACUGUGGACUCGGAGGUCUCAUUCCCGUCUACCACGAGUCCGCCAUUGUGUCGGCCCUCCAGAAGGCCCACGAGUCGACAUCGGAGGAGGCCUAUGCGCUCGUCAGCGACUUUAAAGACGCCGCACGCUGGCAAGUCGAGGCGUAUUCCCGCUCCAUGGACGAGGACAACCAGCUCAAGGACUUGAUCGCCAAGGACGGCGUUGACCAGGGCAAGCCCAUUGCCGACGUCAUGGGCUCGGGUGCCAUGUUUUGCUUCCAGUGCGGACAGACCAAUCAAGGCAAAGGAUGCACCACCAUCGGCGUCUGCGGCAAGACCCCGACCGUCGCUGCCCUCCAAGACCUGCUGAUCGAGUGCAUCAAGAAACUGAGUUGGUAUGCGCACCGCAUCCGCACACUGCCCGGUGCUGCUCCGGAGGAGCGCGAGAGCGCCAAGAUCAACCGCUUCACCCUGCUUGCCACCUUCUCGACCCUGACCAACGUCAACUUUGACGAGGCCAAGAUCUCCGAGUUCAUCAGCACCGCGUCGACCUGUACCGAGCAGCUCAAGCAUACAUAUGAACAGCUGUGCCAAAAGUACGGCGCCACGGCCGAGGUUCUUGCCCUGCCCAAUGUCAAGAAGCAGAGCCAGGAUGCCCUCCUGGACAUCGAGGACCUCGUUGCCGAGGGCAAGAAGGUCGGCGUGCUCAGUCGCUUCCGUGCCAACAAGAACGACGCCCUCGUUGGUCUCCAGGAAAUGCUCGUGUAUGGUCUCAAGGGUCUCUGUGCCUACACCGAUCACUCGCUGCAGUACGAGAACGAGCGCCCCGAGAUCUACGCCUAUGUCCACGAAGCAUUUGCGUUUUUGCUGUCGCCGCAGGCGGCCAAAAUGGACAAGGUGCUGGAGAUGCUCAUGAGAUGUGGCCAGGUCAACAUCACCGCCCUGGAGCUGCUUCACCAGUCCAACAACACCUUUGGCGCACAGAGCCCUGCCGUGGCCCAAGCCAAGCCCGUUCCCGGCAAGGCCAUCCUCGUCUCCGGCCAUGAUCUCAAGAUCCUCGGAGACCUGCUUGCCCAGUGUGCCGACUACAAGCUCCGCACCGGCGUGCACGUCAACGUCUUUACCCACGGAGAGAUGCUGCCGGCCCACGGAUAUCCAAAGCUACGAGAGUCGCCCCACCUUGCCGGCCACUUUGGUGUUGCCUGGCAGCGACAGUCGAUCGAGUUUGGCCACUUUCCUGGCCCGAUCUUGAUGACCAGCAACUGCCUCACCCAGCCCAAAGACGAGUACCGAGACCGCAUCUUCACAGCCGGACCCGUGGGCUGGCCCAAGAUCCCCCACAUUGUCGGUUCGGACUACUCGGUCGUCAUUGAGAUGGCAGCCAAGCUCGGGGGAUUCGGCGCCGAGACAAAGUUCAGCUAUCCCGAGAACGUCUUUACGGCUGCGACCGAGAGCUACAACGUCGGCUGGGGCAGCGAGGUGGUCAUUGGCGCCGCCGGAACCGUGCUCGAUGCCGUCAAGGCAGGCUUGAUCACCCGCUUCUAUGUUAUCGGCGGAUGCGACGGCUACGAGGGUGAGCGCUCGUACUAUACCGACCUCGCGGCCGCCCUGCCAGACACCUCUGUAGUUCUGACCGUCGGCUGCGGCAAGUAUCGGAUCAACCAUCUGCAGUACAGCAAUGUCGGCGACAGCGGUAUCCCGCGCCUCCUCGACCUGGGCCAGUGCAACGACUCGUACUCGGCCGUCCAGAUUGCCCUGGCGCUGGCGGGCGCUCUCAACUGCGGCGUCAACGAUCUCCCGCUGUCGAUUGUGCUCUCGUGGUUCGAGCAAAAGGCCGUCGUCGUGUUGCUCUCGCUCCUAUCGCUGGGUAUCCGAAACAUCCGCGUGGGUCCGACCGUCCCGGCGUUCCUGCGCCCGUCGAUCGUCAAGGUCCUCAACGAAAAGUUCAACCUGAUGCCGAUCGGUGCCGAUCCGCUCGAAGACAUCCGAAAGAUGGUCGCUGGAGAGGCUUGAGCAACCGUCAUGCGGCGAUUGGCUUUGUGCCUCUGCUCCCCCUCUCCCUCCCGCCAUUUGAGUAUGUGCGGUCGUGACCGUCUUCCGUCCCCUCCCCUCGUUGUUUUUUGUUCUAUCUAUUCUCAUUCCCUUUCAGCCCAAGCCUGGACCCUGGACCCUGGACCCUGGACCCUGGACCC